AUGCCGAAGAACAUUCAGAAAUCCCUUCAGAACUACCUCUCCAAGAUCAAAAGUCCUAGCUCACCAAUCCAAUUACCCUCUAAGAAAUGGAUUCUCUCAGGUUGCACGCAUCCCAGAACCCCUUCUUUUGCCUUAGACGACAACAAAAAUGGACCUCAUGACGUCAGCAACGACAACGACAACAACAACAACGUUAACAAUAACAAAAACGAUGAAGCCACGUUAGCGGACAUCGAUCGUUUCCUCUUUGAGAAUUUCAAGUCUUUAUACCUUGAAGACAAUGAAGAAACCGAUCAUAACACCAAAAGGGUCUCUCAAGAAGAACAUGAUCAAACAAGCCAUGAUGAAACAACACCACCGGAUCUACGUGGUUCCAACCGGUUCUUCUUGACACGUGGCUUCUCGGAUGAAGGAUCGAGUUCAAACUCAAACUUGAAUGAUUCUUCAUCUUCGAAUUUUCAUGCAGAGGAAGGUGUGAAACAGAGGAUUCCCAAUAACUGCGUGGUGGUGUUGGCGAGCUCGCCGAGCCCCUAUGAGGAUUUUCGGCGAUCAAUGGAGGGAAUGGUAGAAGCAAGGUUGAGGAACAAUGAAAGGGUGGAUUGGGAUUUCAUGGAGGAGCUUUUGUUUUGUUAUAUAAACAUGAAUGAGAAGAAGUCUUACAAGUUCAUACUCAGUGCUUUUGUCGACUUGAUCACCGUCAUGCGGCGGCGUUCGGAGAAAUCUCCGGCGAAGAAUGCUCCGGCGAAGGUGAGGCCGCCACGGAGCGUUCGGACUGUUAGGAUUGGUAGGGAGGUGAGGAAGAAGACUAAAGAAGUAACGUUGCGAUUUGGGUCGCCGUAA